AAAUAAAAUAAGCACCGUUCUUUUCUCUCUAAAAUCUCCAUGUUCUUUCACUCGUGAGCUUUGGACGAGAUCCCUUUCUCUCCCAUUUCCAUUUUCAUUUCCGAUCUCUCUCUCUCUCUCUCUCUCUCUCUUACCGUUUUGUUUUCGUUUGUUUUGCAUUUUCUCUUUCAGAGAUAGAAUAUCGUUUUUCGUGAGUGUUGCAAGAGAUUCAUCAAUUGAUCAAAAUAAAAUAAAAUAGAAAUUGAAAGUUGAUGGCUGCUCCAACGGCAAGGGCUCGUGCCGAUUACGAUUACCUCAUAAAGCUUCUCUUGAUCGGCGACAGUGGUGUUGGAAAAAGUUGCCUCCUCCUGCGUUUCUCUGAUGGUUCAUUCACUACUAGUUUCAUCACAACCAUAGGCAUUGAUUUUAAGAUAAGAACCAUUGAGCUUGAUGGCAAACGGAUCAAGCUCCAAAUUUGGGAUACUGCAGGUCAGGAGCGGUUUCGGACAAUUACAACUGCUUACUAUCGUGGUGCUAUGGGCAUAUUGCUAGUCUAUGAUGUUACAGAUGAAGCUUCAUUUAACAACAUCAGGAAUUGGAUUCGCAACAUUGAGCAACAUGCUUCAGACAAUGUUAACAAAAUACUGGUGGGGAACAAAGCUGACAUGGAUGAAAGCAAAAGGGCUGUGCCAAAGUCCAAGGGCCAAGCACUAGCUGAUGAGUAUGGAAUCAAAUUCUUUGAAACUAGUGCAAAGACAAAUCUAAAUGUGGAGGAAGUUUUCUUCUCAAUAGCAAGAGAUAUAAAACAAAGGCUUGCUGACACUGACUCUAAGGCAGAGCCAUCAACAAUCAAAAUCAACCAAAAUCAGGCAGCGGGAGCUGGGGAGGCUGCACAAAAAUCCGCAUGUUGUGGUUGAGGACAAAUUUUAGAAAUUGGAGGCAACAAUGCAGUCCAAGAACAAGAUUGAAGGAACAAAUUAAUUGUAUGAUGAUCAUGAUGCUGAAUUGUGCUUAACGUUUUUGAGGUGUCAUUCUUUAUAAAUUUUAGGUGUGAUAAGUAGUUUCUGACUUUUCAACAAGUGAUAUUAAAUCCAAAACUAGAUGUGAUUGUGGCGAAUGCAUGUCUAACCGUUCCUUACUUUGUUUGGUUGGGUCGUGAGAUCCAUUGAAUAUUGAUUUUUUAUUUUC